UUCUCGGCGGCGGUGGGUGCGAUGGAUUCGGGAUCCUCGAAGCCCGAGGAGGUGGCCGCCUACCAGAGCAUCGAGGCCAUGCUUUCCGCGCUCCUCGACGACCCCAUUCUCGCGGACGUCCCCUGGAAGCCCUCCCUUGCCGACGUCGACACGCUGAUUAACCUCGAGCUCGGCAGCGCCAUGGGGGUGACCGUCGUCAAGCUGGACAACACCUCGUUUGAUGUUGCGGUGUUGAACUCUGCCACGGUCAAGGAUCUGAAGUUGGCUAUCAGGAAGAAGAUAAAUGAGAUCGAACAAGAACAGAUGGGCCAUCGUCAUAUCUCAUGGUAA